CAAAAUUUUAUUAUCACGACAAAAACUGAACAGAGCUAUUUCGGACAAGAAGAAAAUGUCAUUAUAGCCAGGAAUUAGAAGCCUUUUGUUAAACGUUGCGUAUCCGAAUCUACUGGCACAAAGCUAACAGGGGCCUGUAGAUGCCCACGCAGAAUCUCGCCACAAUGAAGAUAAGCUUUGAAAACACAACAGAUCCAUCAAGCUAUGUCAUAAUGGGGGCAGUAUCCAAUGAAUCUCUACUUGACAAUAUCUCCACGACUUCUUGGAUGGGUUGUGAAUGGCUGCCACCAAAUCAUGUGUACUUUCAAAUGGCCAACGUUUGCCUUCUACUUUCCUACUUGGCGCCAAAUGGAAUAUAUGGCUUGUUGUUCUUGAGGACUGUUCUUUGCAUAGCGUCAAUAUUUUUUUCAGUUUGGGGAUGGGACGUGCUGUGUGCUUUUGACACUUUCCUAUGGAACUUUUUCUUAGCUAUAAUCAACUUUGUACAAGCAGUGCUCAUUAUCUAUCACCUUAGACCACUUUCUUUUCCACCAGAGAUUGAAUUGAUGUAUGAGCAGUUAUUUAAACCCCUGAAAGUUCCAAGGCAUCUUUUCAAAAAAGCAGUGGAUCUCCAUGAUGGCAUAUUCAGUGUAAAUAAAGGGGAACUAUUUGCCACAGAAGGGUCAACUAAAACUAGUGGAUUGUCUCUCCUCAUCUCUGGGAGAAUGUCAGUAUCAAUAACAGGCAAGUUUGCUCAUGAAAUCAGUGAAUUUCAGUUCCUUGACUCUCCUGAGUAUGUGUCUUUCACUGAGCAUGAUUGCUUUAAGGUGACUAUAGUGGCUUUGGAGGACUGUCGCUACAUUCGCUGGUCCAAGAGCAGGAUCAAAAAUGCUCUAUCAAAGGAGCCAUUCCUCAGUGCCAUAUUUGAGAAUGUGAUUGGGAGAGAUAUUGCAAGUAAGCUUUUCAUGAUGAACAGACAUCUCCUAAAUUCCCCACUGUCUUUAGAGAACUUGAGGGCAGCUGAUCUAUGUACAUUGGAAAUGGAAAUUGUGGCCACUUGUCUUGAUGAAAUUACCAAUGAAGGUGAUACGGGACUUCAGUACAAAAGCUUGCCUACUCUUGCAGUUCUACAUGGAAUUACACACACUGAAAGAAAUGUCGAGGAGGAAACGGCAUUGGACAGUUUACUUGUAUCGCGGCCGUCUACAAGCACUUCUUUUCCUGUACUUAACAGAAAGAAAUCAGAAAGAGAUACUGCAGUUUAAAGUGCUUUUUUAUUUAAAAAGAUUUUACUAUUUUAGAGACUAUUUAUAAAUGCCAUUUUGUUUUGACGCUGUAUAUUAUAAUUUAUAUCAUUUUAUUUGGAUUGUUUUUAAGAGAUAUUUUUAUCAGAUUCUGCGGCAAAACAGGACUAAUAAACAACACAACAUUUUCUAAUAAAUUUUAUGGUUAAUGUAUUGGUUAUACAAACAAAAAUCAAUAAUGUUUAAAUGUAACUUUUAUUUGAAUUUCAAUAUUUUUAUGACAAUCAUCUUAAUAUGGUAAAAUUUAUUUUCCUUGAUUUAAGUGUGAAAUAUUAGUGUCAUUGGUAACUUUUCCCUUUUUGCAAUACUGGUAUAAGAAAGUGUAAAA